AGCAGCGCCAUGUGACACUUGGAAGUUUUGGUUUUUGUUGUAAAACUCCUGGAAAAUUUCACUUUUGCAUGAUUUUCAGCAAAUUGUGAUGUGCAUUUUGAUGUGAAAAUCGUGAAAAUUGAUCAAUUAGAUCCCAAUGGGUAACAUGAACAAUGUUUUGUGUAUUUGGUGCCAGUGGUUAGAGUACCAUUUUAGUGAGAAGUGUGUUGAUGCUCUGUUGGUGUAAAUAGAGCGAGUCAUGGAUGAUCAAGAGCCGGAUUCCACCAAAAAGCUGCCAGAGGGUAGGGAUUGUGGGCUAAUAGUGAAUCCGGGGAAUGAUCAUCUCAAAUUUGACACGGAUAAAUUGUCUGCGAAUGAUAUUGAUGUUAUAAUUUUGGGUAAUUCGUGCAAAGAGGACAUUGAGGAAAAUUCAAUGGUGAACAAAGACAUUGAAUACCGUCUGGGAUGUCAGGGUAGUCCAGCACCCACAUCCACCUAUCAGACAUUUCAGCACAAUUUUGAGUACGAAAUACCCCAUAGCAUUGGUGGGGCAUCGACGACGGUAAAGGGUUUGGGUGAGGUGGAUGGGAAGCCACCAGCUCUGCCCAAGCUCACGAUAAAACGAACAGCCCCAUUGGUGGAGUCUCAGUUGACAUCCUUCUUCAGUAGUUCUCCUGCCUCCAAUUCUGGCAUGCACGAUGUGAGCGAAAGUGUGCCCAAGGAGCAGGAAGAUGGGGCUAGUGACCCACUGGCGGUGCCUAAGUUGAAACUAAAAAUCACAAAAGACACCCAAGUGGCCACAGAGUAUCAACCAAUACCCAAAUUGACCAUCAAGACCAACUACUUAGAGCAGGGUAGCAGUACUACGGUGAUCCGGGAAGAUAUACCAGAAUCCCUGCCCAAGCUCAAGCUUAAAACGACUUAUAAGGCCGAAGAGAUGACGCCGCUGGAGAUUGUGACGCCAGCCCAGAAGAUUGUGGUGGACAGUACGGAGGAGAAUUGCCAGAAAUCUCCUAGAAUAAUCCUCAAGAUCAAUAAGAAUCAGAGUUAUUGUGUUUCCUCAACUAAUUGCACAGAUACCGCCAUGCCCAAGGUACAAGAGGCUUCCACAACCACCUUCUCCACAGCUUCCUCUGCUGUCGCCAGCCCAAAUCCCUCCUCCUCACCCAAGGCAUCUCCGGACCCACCCAGUAGCCCAAAUGACACAGAUGUACAAAUAAUUUGUGUGGAGGACGAUCAUGCUAAUGGUGAUGAUGCAAAUGCCAAAAAUGCCGAAGAUUUCUCCUCUGCGGACAAUCAAGUUAAUUCCACAGAAAUUGAUAUGGACUGCGUGAUGGUGGAUGAGCCACAGGAGACUAAUGGCAAUGGGAGGAUCAUAAAGGCUGACCUACCACUUAGCAGUACCAAUGAGAUGAGCGAUGAUGUGUCCUUUUCCAAUUCCAUCAAUGACAAUUGUAUCAUAAUACCGGACGAGAGCAAUUCCGAUUGUAUGGUCGUGAGCAAAACUAGCAAUUCCAUGGAGGAGGAUGAUCCGCUGCAAUUGCAGAAUUUCAAGGAGUGCUUUCCCACCUUCGACAGCAGUCUGCCUGAGACAUCGACGGAGAAUUCGGUGGCUGAGGUGUUGGCGGUGCCAGAGGUGCCCGUCAAACGACGUCGUGGCCGUCCCAGGAAACAUCCAAUUCCAGACACAGAAGUUGUAGCAGAUUCCACGGUGUCCACGACAAAUCACCAGCGGAGUCCCAGUCCGACGCGAAAGGUGCGGAAGAAAAGGAUGAAAAGGACACCGGUUGCACCGGCUAAAGUACAAACAUCGAAAGCUACACCUCCAGCUAGGCAGAAAUUUAACAAGAACAAAUACUUUAGACAAAAAAUGCUCCAAGAGACGCUAAAUAAUUCAAUACAACUCUUUGAGGAGGAUACAAGGAUGAGUGGAGAAAUUCCUACAACAUCCACAAAAAAACAAACAGGAACACCGAAAAUCGUCCAGCCCAAUUCACAGAAGACUAUGGACUCAUCGAGUUUGGGUGAGGACAGUAGCAGCAAGACCAUCACGAAGAAAUCUCGUGGGAGGAUGGAAGUGAAUGAGGAAGGAGGGAUGGAAUUUACAGUGGAUAUGCUGGCAGAAUAUGACUGGCCACCGCCAGUUGGCUGCUGUCCCAAUAAAAAUCGGGACACUUAUAUGCUUCAGGAACAAAUAGCUGAACAUCUCGGUGUUAAGAGCUUCAAGCGCAAAUAUCCCUAUUUGUACAGGCGCCCAGUGGAAAUGGAAGAGCGAAAUUAUUUGAUUGAGAAGAAAUUGGUGUCGGAAAAGAUGUCCAAUAUGGGUUUAACAGCAGUUUAUGCUGUUGAUAUUUUGGAUAUUAUGUACCAGGAUUUCAAUGACAAAUACGAAGAAUACAAGAAGUACCAUCGUGAGAAGCAGCAACAGGCGAGGGAUGUGAGCAAACAGCCGAAAGUCAAGACAGAAGUGGAUAAAGCGACAGUGCAUGAGAAAGCGCUAAAAUCUACAGCGUCUUGGAAUACAAAACUCAAUAAAACACGAAAUGAAAAUCGUAUGGGAUGUAUCGAUCUGCAGAAUUAUAUCAUAAAUAUUCCGAGGCGUAAGAAACCUCCAGCACCUGUCUACUCAGAUCCCGCGGCAUCAGCUUAUCCCGUGGAACUAAUACCAGGACAGUAUUCGACACAGUGGGAAUCCUAUUCACCAGCGAGUCUCAUUUACUAUCCGCUUAAGACAGCAAGGCCAUUGGAUGGAGAAAAUCCACUCGAGAGUUUAUGGAAUCACAAGAAGGAGACAGUGGUGAGCUCAUCUGAGAGUUCAUCUGACUCAGGAUCUGACACCAGUUCAAUGGCAUCGAGUGAAUCAUUCUCUGAUUCUGAAGAGGAAAAUGCAAAGGAUGAAUUUUGUUCGAUGUGUACAAAAGAGAAUCCACCUGAGAAGAAAAAUGCGAGUAGCAGAGAAGAUCCAAAUUCUAAUCCGUGCACAUCGUGCAAGAGAAAAGGUGACUAAGAGUAAGAGAGAGAGAGAGAGAAUAUCCUUCUGUGGUGUUAUCCAAAGGAGACUUUAAAGAAGGGAGGAAAAAUUAAGGGAGAUCACAGGGACGAGAGAUGGACAUUGGGGAAAAAAAAGGAAGAUAUUUUUCUGCGAUUCAACGAGUCUCGUCUACAUCAAUCAUAAUCCAUCUUUCACCACAGGCGCCUCAUUAGAUCAAAAGUGGACAAUUUAUUUAUGUUAGUGACGUGAAAGAUUUUCAUUUUUAUUUUUUUUUCUGUCUUACAUUAAUUGAAGAAACCGCUGAUUUGUAAUCAGUGACAAAUAAUUUGUUUUUUUUGUCUCUUUUUCUUUAUAUGAAAAGGGAGAGAGAAUGAUUAGAGAAAAAAGUGUAACAUUGAGGAAAAAAAUGUGGAAAGGAAUUAAUACACUGAAUCAUUUCUUUUGUACUGAUAAA